UUUUGUAAGCAGCCGCAGAAACGCGUUGUUAUAAUACUGGGAGGUUGCAGUUUAAAUAGCGCUCGUUUAUGGGAAAAAAAAUACAAUAAUAAAAACAGCAGUUUGCAAUUUAAAAGAGUAAGUGCAGACUUUUUUUUUUUUUUUUUUAAAGCCAAUAAAGAAAAACAAAUGGCUUGCAAAAACCUGAGCAGCCUGUGGCAUAGGCGCCCGCUUAUGUCUGCAAAGCUGCAGGCUUUUGCUUACGCCGGUUCAGCCGCCUCUAACUCAAGCGGGUCGGACGAGACAAGCACUAAAUGCUGCAAGAAAAGUGCUGGAACUCCGGUACCGAGCCCCGCUCCAGUCGCCGGCACGACCCCCCCGGCUUCCCCGACCCAAAGGCACCAACUAGGGGGUAAAGAUUCGGUCCCGGUGCCGGGACGGUCGUAUUCCUCCGCCGCUCCCAAAGUGGACUCCAAGGUGUUCUUGUGGGCACGUUAUAAUGAAAUGAAGCGGCUUGUGCACGAUCUGCUACCCCCAGGCGUGUGCAACUUACUGAACCCCUCCACCAUCUACGCCAACAACGAGGUCAACCUGCAUGAAGUGGACAUCUAUGGCUUCGACUACGACUACACCCUGGCUCUGUACUCCAACGCCCUGCACUCCAUGAUUUAUGACACGGCCAGAGACUUCCUCAUAGAGAGCUUCAAGUACCCUGAAGACCUCCGAAAAUAUGACUACGUGCCCAAUUUUGCUGCCAGGGGCCUGCACUACGAUAUCCAAAAGGGUUUGUUGAUGAAAAUUGACGCUUUUCAUUAUAUCCAAUUGGGGACAGUUUACAGGGGGCUGAAGCCGGUUCCAGAUGAUGAAGUCAUCGAGCUGUACGGUGGGACGCACCACAUCCCUCUGCACCAAGUCAGCGGCUUCUAUGGCAAGGGUCCCAAAAUGAAGCAGUUCAUGGAUAUCUUCUCUAUUCCCGAAAUGACUCUGCUGGCUUCUGCCAACGACUUCUUCAUCAGCAACAACAUAGACUACGACCCCGUGCAUCUUUACAAGGAUGUUUCGGAUGCCAUUGGGAACGUGCACAUCAAGGGCUACAUGUACAAGUGGAUCAUGCAGGAUCUCGAGAAGUACAUUCUGAGAGGGGAUGAGACGUACGCUGUGCUGCAGAGGCUGGUCACCCAGGGGAAGAAACUCUUCCUGAUCACCAACAGCCCUUUCAGCUUCGUUGACAAAGGCAUGACAUACAUGGUUGGGAAGGAGUGGAGGGAAUUCUUUGAUGUUGUCAUAGUGCAGGCUGACAAACCCCACUUCUUCAACGACUGCGUCAAACCUUUUCGACGUUUGGACAGCAACGGUGACCUGCAGUGGGACAAAAUCACCACCUUGGAAAAGGGUCAGAUCUACAAAGAGGGGAACCUCUUUGACUUCUUAAGGCUGACUGGGUGGAGAGGAUCCAAAGUGCUGUACUUCGGAGAUCACCUGUACAGCGAUCUAGCCGAUCUGAUGCUGCGUCACGGCUGGAAGACAGGCGCCAUCGUGCCCGAACUGGAAAUGGAGACCAAGGUGGUGAAUACGGAGCAGUACGCCCAGAGCCUCACCUGGCUGCAGGCACUCACAGGGCUGCUGGAGCGCAUGCAGGUGCAUCGGGAUGCAGAGUCUCAGAAGGUUCUCCAGGACUGGCUGAAGGAGAGAGAGGAGCUCAGGGCUGUGACUAAAAACCUGUUCAACCCCCAGUUUGGCAGCAUCUUCCGCACCUGCCACAACCCCACCUACUUCUCCCGACGCCUCUGCAGGUUCUCUGACCUCUACAUGGCCUCCCUCAGCUGCCUGCUGAACUACGACCUCCGCUACACCUUCUACCCCCGACGCACCCCCCUGCAGCACGAGGCCCCCCUCUGGAUGGACCAGCUGUGCACUGGCUGCAUGAAAACCCCCUUCCUGGAGGAGAUGGCUCACAUCCGCUAAGUGGGGGAGCGGGGCAAAGCACACAGACUGAGCAGAAACUCCAGCGGAACAGCGCCGCCCUGCUGGGGACAUUUCGAACUGCGAGAAACUAACACAUUAGGACAGGGUUUCUCGAACCCCCUGUGUCUGCUGGUUUUCAUUCCAACUGAGCUCUCAGUUAUUGAACUAGACCCUUCGUUGAACUGAUUUGGCUUACUUUUAACUUUUUGUUUGUGUUCAGCUUGUAAAGUUACAGAUUUCAAGUUACUUAUGAAAUUGUUUAGUUAACUUUGAAAUCUGCAACUUUUUUUUUUUUGAGCUCAAAACAAUUUAAAGGCCUAACUAAGCAAAUUUAUCAGUUCAGUUAAGGGUCUUGUUAAGUUAAUUGAGAGGUCCGUUGGAACAAAACCUGGAAAAUAUAGGGGGUCCCCAGGACCAGGGUUGGGAACCGCUGAUUUAGAAGAGAAACCCUGAAUUCUUCAUCAUCAUCAUCAUCAUCAUCAUCAUCAUCAUCAUCUGUUGGAGUGGGGGCGGUGGAAUCUAGAAAUUUUUAUUUUUUGGAGAUGGUGGAGGAUUUAUAAGGAACAAAACUUGAUGUAUUAAAAAUAAUAAUUCAAAACUCAAAGUGGUGAAACACAGCCUGGAGUUGCUGGGAAUUGAAAUUUAGACCAGACUUUUUUUUUUUUUUUUUUUUUUUAAUUUUUAAAAGAACAAACUGUAAUCCCCCCCCCCCCCCCCCCCCAAACUCCUUUAGGUAUUCUCAGAUGAGGUGAGGAAAGGAGAAGAGGUAUAAGAUAGUGCUGCUGUUUUGGAUGAAGGUGGAAUUUUGAUUUUUGGGUGCGACCAAUAUGAGACUGCAAUGUACAGCGAGAGAUUUAUUUUCCUCCAUUAGCUUGCUGACAUUAUUAAUGUUUCUUCCGUGUUUUGUGGUGGGGUGGGUGAGUACUGGCAACCAUUGAAGUUUUUUUAAUCCUUUUUUUUUUUUAAAACCAUUUAAAAAAUGUGAUAGUGCCAGUUUCUUGCCCCACAGCUCCCAUUUUGAGCUUACACUCCUCUCUGUGUUGAGUUCAGCUUUUGACUCAUUUUUCUUUUACAAACUGAAGUACAGUGGCAGGUGUCUGAGUUGGCCUACUGGUGCCACAGAUGGCUUGUUUAAAUUUAAACAUUAUACAUAAGGGGAGCAUUUUCCCAGCAGCAAAACUGGGAUCAAGCAGAUUUUUUUAUUAAAUUUGGGGGGGGGGGGGGGGGGGGGGGUUGUGUAAAACUUCACAGACGCUCCCCUGAAGAACUGCCGUUCCUUGCCCGCCCACAAAAUAGGGGGGCACGAACUCUGAACUCUGAACUUUGAACUCCGAGCGUCCAGUGCUUUCUUCCUAGUGUGUCAAGAAAAUAACAAAAAAUGACAGAGUUUAUCAGAUAAGUGUUUUAUCAGAUAAAAAUGUUCCGACUUCUGAAAUGGUAAAAAAAAAAUUUGAUAAGCUGUUUUUUUUUCAUUUGUUUUUAAGUUAGGCAUUUGUAAACGGACAGUGGUUAUCUGUAUAAGAAAUGUAGUUUAAGUGGUGUUUUUUUUUUUUUUUUUUUUUUUUUAGUUUAAAAUUGCAGAAAGGGGGUCGUAGAUGACACUUUGCAUAAAUCUAGAGGGUGCUCAUCUUCUAUAGAACUUGUAACGUGUUUAGAACUGAGACUGGAAGAGUGGUUUUUUUUUCACGUUACAAAUACAGUAUUGUAGCCGAUAAGCUGUGGCAUGGACUAGCCUUACCGUUCUGUUCAGCAGAGGGGAGCAGCAAGAUCGGGUCUUGCAUUUUUUUGUAUUCUGCAUCGAGAGAGCAAACGUCAUAACUUUUUUUUUUUUUUCAAAAUGAUCUUUCAUGUGUUUUACUCUAACAAAACCUGGGAAUACAGAAACCCCCAGGUUUGUAAAUAGUGGUUCCAUACUAUACUGCCUAUCCUGUACUUCAAGAAAUAUCGCUCCUUAACCGCUAGACGCACAACGCAGCUUUUUAAUGUUUAUGUGAAUACAUUAUAGAAAAGGUGUCCAAUCUUUUUGAGGGGUUUAUAUCUCUAGAAAUGUGUGGGGUGGAACGCCCAUGUGUCCAGUAGUUUGUACCUUCCACCAAUUCAACAAUUGUCAAUGUGUUUUAUAUAUUUUUUUCCUGGUUUUGACUUUUCAGCUGGAUUGUUCAUCAGAUGUCUGCCUGUGGGUUUUACACUGGUAAAUCAAGCUGGUAGUAAAACCUGGAAUGGGUUGAAAACUGCUAUGCAACAGGAGUCUUAUUCCAAUCCUUGAUAUAGACCCAUUUUAAGUUAGAAUGCUGUAGGAGGCUGUGUGAUCCAGUGGUUAAAGAAAAGGGCUUGUAACCAGGAGUUUCAAAUCCCACCUCGGCCACUGACUCACUGUGUGACCCUGAGCAAGUCACUUCACCUCCUUGUGCUCCGUCUUUUGGGUGAGACGUAGCUGUAAGUGACUCUGCAGCUGAUGCAUAGUUCACACACCCUAAUCUCUGUAAGUCGCCUUGGAUAAAGGCGUCUGCUAAAUAAACAAAUAACAAAUGAUCUUAAGAUGCAUUAAUAGGGUGGAGGGAGAGGAAAAGCAAAUGUGUGUUUUACAAGGGAAAGUUAUGUUUGCAUACAGAAAACCAGUUCUGCUUUCUUUCGCCUUUUCAAGUGACAAAAGCAGAUAGCGAGUUGUUGGUCAUUGGUAUUGCCUCAAAAAAUGGAGAGGUGGGGGGGGGAGAGAGAGAGAGAGAGAGACCGAUUUUAUAUAGCGACUGUCGGAUUGGAAAUCCAGUAUUAUCCCAUUUAUCAGAUUAGCAGGAACUUGUGCAUUAUUUUAGUUAUUUUUUUUCCCCCCCCCCCCAAAGUUGUUUAGUUAUUUUCACAAAGGACAAACCACCUGUGUGAAUUAGUUUAGUUUUCAGUGUAUUUCCAUUUCCCCCUCCUCAGCCUGUGUUCAUGUCUGAUCAACACUUCUUCGUACAGCUGCUUUGGAAAACAAACUGAAAGAUUGAAAUAUUUUGUAUGUGUGAACUGUGGGUAUUUUAAUAAAAUAUCAAAAAACUGGG